UUAGACAUUGAUGAAUGCGCUCUGAAGAAUGAGACGGUGUGCUCUCACAUCUGUAUCAAUACCCCAGGAAAUUAUAGGUGCGACUGUCACGAAGGCUACUCCCUGGAGGAGGAUGGGAAAACCUGCACCAAGGGGAAUCAAGGUAUGGACACGGAAUUUGAGAAAUCCAACAAUGUGUUGAAACCGGGAAUUUGUUCAGACACAUGCAAAGAAUUUCACCAAAUAAAACAGACCGUCUUACAGCUCAAGCAGAAGCUGGCGUUGUUGCCAAACAGCGUAUCUGAAUCCAGCAAACAAAUCACAGCUGACAAGGUACUGGCUUCCACCAUGUAUGUUCAAGGACCACCGGGGUUACCAGGAGCACAAGGACCCCCAGGAUUACCGGGUCCUAAAGGAAGUUCUGGCCAGCCAGGUCCCCCUGGGCCUCCUGGUCCUCCCGGCCCUAGAGGAUUUAUGGGUCCAAUGGGACCGUCUCCUGAGGUUUCACAUAUCAAACAAGGAAGAAGAGGUCCCGUGGGUCCACCGGGAGCACCUGGAAAAGAUGGAUUAAAGGGUGAAAGAGGAGCUCCAGGACCAAGAGGACUUCCGGGGCCCCCAGGAUCCUUUGACUUCUUGUUACUCAUGAUGGCUGACAUACGGAAUGAUAUAGCGGAACUGCAGGACAAAGUCUUUGGGCGCCGCACGCAUUCCUCUGCAGAAGAAUUUCCUUUACCUCAGGAGUUUUCCAACCAUCAUGACACAAUGGACUUUGGCUCAGGAGAGGACUACAAACAAAGAACUGUAUCCAAGAACCUCCGAACAGACAAAACAAACCACCAUUAA